CAUAAUGCAAUUAUAAGAAGAAGUUCCCAACUGGAAAAGGAAUGACGCUAUCAGAAGCAGGGUUCAUCUGAUUCUGUGCUUCUCUCCGAUCGAAUUCGCCCGGAAACCCAACAAUUCGUUCGAGCUGCGGUUUUUCUCAUCGUUUCCAGCAAUCGCGAUGAAUUGCGAAGUUUGCCAGCUCAAAGAACUUGAAGUUGAGCACUUCGAGAUACGUGAAGUUCUCCGGUGCAUUCUACACACUAUUUUUUUCCACAGAGCUUUAGGGCUAGUGCGCCCAAAAGACAUUGAUCUGGAGCUUUUUGAGAUUACAUAUGUGCAAUGUGGUGACAUGGAACUUGAAAGGAAAAUAGAUGAGAAGAUUGACCAAUUUAUUGAUAAGGUGGAGAAGCACCCUAACAAGAAAAAUCAGAUAUGUUUGUCCUUCUAUGAAGUUAAAAACAAACAAGCAACAUGGUUCAGUAACAAAGUUGAACGCCUCCACUGGGAACAGUGGUACAUAAAUCUGAAUGUUACACAAAAUCCAAAAGGACAUUCUGGCAAGUCUCAUCUUCCCAAAGUAGAAGUUAAUCCUGGAGACACUGCAGCUGAGGCAAGGAGAGCUCGGCGCACAGCACUAGAAUGUUCACUUCGUGAUAUUCUGUUUCAGAUAAUCAGAUUUGUGAAUGAAAAGAGAGAUCAUGUUCCUCCAAUACCAAACCUUGAUGGUGUUUCAUUUCCCUAUGAAAUUACUAUCUCAAGUUCAUCAGAUUCUGCUUUCGGGAUGGACAUGUUCAAGAGAAUGCUCCAAACUGGGCAUCCUACAAUGCUCAGCUGAUUAGCUAAGCCUUUGAGCUGGUCUGCUUCUUACAAGGCACCUUCUAUAGAAGUUCGGAGAGUCGCAUCACCUGUGAAUAUGUAGACUGUAAGUCUGGAAAAAGUUAAAAAAUUUGAUACUCCGAAAGAAGCUGUUGAUAUGCACAUAUUUAUUUAGAUAUCUUUAACCAUGGCUUUUAUUGUGGU